AUGAAUUCCCCACUAAUACUAUUACAAAAAGAUAGUGGUGGUCCUGUUGUCCCAUGUGCCAGAUUCCCUUCUUACUUCUUUGACAUCCUCCCUUUAUUUCCCUGUCCUUCACUGCCAACAACUUUGGCUUUUCCUCUUCUAAUUGUAGAUCUAGUUGCAGCAUCUUUGAAGUCAUUUAGAACCCAAUGGCCAAUCUCAUUGUCACGACCUCUCUUUCUUCCUCCUAGGCCAGACUUAGCAGCUGAUCUUGUAGUGGGCUGUGAUGUAGCUUUUGGUGGCUGUUGUGGUUUUGGUGGAGGUGGCUGGGAAGAAGGUCUUGUUGGAUGUGGUGGUUUUCCAGCAAGUUUUGUAGGUGGCUGGGAAGAAGGUUUUGGUGGUUGUUGUGGUGUUACAGCAGCUCUUGGAGGUGGCUGUGAAGAAGGUCUUGGUGCCUGUGGAGGUUUUGCAGAAACUGUUGGUGGUGGCUGUGAAGAUGGUUUUGGUUUUGGUAGUGGUUUAGAGGUAGGUUUUGGGGGUGCUUUGUAUUUUGGCUUUGGGUUUGAAGAAGUUGCUUUUGCAGCAGCUUUUGGUGGUGGUUUAGAGGUAGUUUUUGGGGGUGCUUUGUCUUUUGCCUUUGCAGCAGUGACUUCAUCAUUUGUUCCAGCUCUAGCUUCAAGGCUUGUUCCAUCAAUAUUAAUACCAAACACCUGCAAAAAGAGUAAUGAGAAGCAGGUUUUUCCACUGGCAUUUCAACAUUCACAGCAGCAGCAGGUUCUUCUUCCACUGGCAUUUCAACAUUCACAGCAGCAGCAGGUUCUUCUUCCACUGGCAACUCCACUGUAUGUUCAAGGUAGACAUCCACCUGCCUUACCCCAGACUGAACAUACCUUGCAAUUUCCAUAGCAUCCUUGUCCAGGCAUAUUUGCUUCAGGUCAAGAUCAAAGCAUUCUUCUCGCCUUUUCCACCAAAGCUUAUAGUGAUCAUCAGGAUAACCAAGAAAACCCCGCACAAGGUCUCUGACACAAAAGAACGAAAACAGAUCCAACUCCACUCUAGGUACUUCACAUAUCUGACCUCCAACAUACUUCAUCGGUGUGUCGGAAAACCGACCCUUGUGGUGGAAAUGUAUGUUGAAAUACACUUGUUCCAUUCCUGAAAUAGCAACAAGAGCAGCUCACUAUACAAAAUGAAACAAGAGCAGCUCACUAUACAUAAUGAAACAAGAGCAGCUCACUAAACAGAAUGCACAACCAUAGCAGCAACAACAAGUCGAUAUGUAACCUAACUUUUAACAGCAGCUCAAAUCGUUCGAAUACCGUGAAUGACAUACCUUGAACUUUCGAUGGUUACAGUCAAAGCUUCGCUUGUCUUCACUCGCAGAAGGUUCAGGAUCAGUCGUUCCUCUUCACUCUGACUCCCUCGUGUUCGUCGUUCCUUUUCACUCUGGCUCCCUCGUGUUCGUCGUCGCUCUCCCUCUUUCCUCGAAUUCUGGAUGAUUUUGGUUUGGGAAUUUAGGGAUUUUGGUUUCGUUUGGGAAUUUUGGUUAGUGGUUUUAAUUUAGGGAUUUUGGGAAUUAGGUUUAAUUAGAUUUAGGUUAAUUAGGCAGAUAGGUUAAUUAGAUUUAAAUUUAAUUUAUUAUUUUAAUUUUAAUUCCAUGUGUAAUUAAAAUAAAUGAAAAAACCACGUGUAAAUGUUGAGUCAGCAAAAAAUAUGCCAGAUAGGCUAAAAACAUGUGUAGGGACUUAUUCUGAUUAAAAAAACAAUUCCAGGGAUUCGGAAUCGGAAAAAAAAUUUUCAGAGACUUAUUUUGUUACGGGGUACAAUUUCAGGGACCCCUAGAGUAUUUAAGCCUUAUCUUUAUUCUCGACAUAGUUUAUAAGCAUUCAUUGGCAAUGUAAUGCACAGAGCAAAUAGCAAUAUAUGUUUUUUAAUUUAAGAAAUCAGAAAUGUAUGGUUUUUUUCUACCAAAAACUGACUAAAGCUAAUUUUCCGAUGUAGCAAAAAAAAAAAACUAACUAAAGCUAUUACUAACAGGAAUAUUUAGGGACCUGCUUAAGUUGACUAAUAGUAUACUAGAUAUCAAACAUUGUCAGCCGGGUACACAAAAUAAAAAUAAAAUAAGAUAUAAUAUAUGCCUAUGGAAGAUAAACGUACGUGAUCUUGGAUAGUACAUUUCUCUUAAGUAAUGGCACCAGCUGAUAAAGAAAUAUAGAUAAUUUAAAUGAUGCUUCAUAAGAUUAAUUAGAAAUAGAUUAUUAGUAGUUGAAAAUAUGUAGUUUAAAAAAUUUCAAUAUAAAGAAUCGAUGUAUUUUAUUUCCCAACUUCUCCCUUUCUUCUUUCGUCUUCUUCUCUUUAACAAUGAAAAUGACAAUAAUGGCGCAAUCUCAUUAGUUUUCCUUUUCAUCUAAAGGGUAUAUUUAUAAUAAACUUAAAACUAAAUUAGCUUGUGCUUGAAGGGGAGUACGUUAGAAUAUGAAAACAAUAUAGGUGAAUUCUGUGGUACCCAGAAUAUUUUUUGGGUGUGGUACCUCAUGUAUUAUAAUUCUGUUAUUUUCUUGUAAAGGAUAGAUGAUUUAUUGUUUCAAUUUUUAAGAACUUAAGUUCAAUGACUUUAUGUAGCAAUAACAUAUUGUUCUUAAGUUUGUUUAUGUCCUCGAGGGUCAACUCAAGCGGUAAGAGUUAUGAGACAUAAGGUUUUGGUGGGAUGAAGGGUGAAUAUCCAAGGUUCGAAUCCUGAUGAGAGACUAAUUUAUUAACAUUACUAACAACUAACAUUUGACUAUUAAAGAAAUGAAAACAAUAUCUUUAUCAUAUUUUAGAUUAUUUUAUCAUAUUUUGAGUUUAUUUUAGGUAAUUUAAAUUAUUUCCUAUAUUGAAUUCUAUCCUUGUUUUCUUAUAAAUCAAUCUAAAAAAAUAAUCUAAAUGACCUAAAAUAAGAUAAGUUACUCGAGAAUAUGAUGACGAUAUUACAAGACAUACUAUAUUUGUCAUAUUCAAACACUCAGCCUCAAGAACUAAUGAUAAUGCGCCAUAAUUGCCAUUGUCAUUGCCAUACAGAAGAGGAGAAAAGAAGAGAUACCAUUGUCGUUGCCAAAGAGAAUAAGAGAAAAUAAUAGAGUGAGAAGUAGACGAGCUCAUCCUCGAUGUAAAUCUUUUGGGGGAGCGAUCUCCAAGCGGUGGUGCGAAUGAAGGAGGAGAUAACCUUAUAGUGUUGUCAGAGUCCUAAGAGGAUGUUCUCAAAUGGCGGUGGGGCAUGUGUGCACGAUGGUGCCCGUUGUGGUAGGAGCCCAUGACUGCGACAUCACUGUCACAGUGAGAAAGAGGUUGUGGGAAGAAGAGGCCGAAGGAGGACGGAAUAGGGAGAGGGAGAGAGGAGAUAGCGUGUGUGUGAGAAACAAUGUAAAGAAAUGAAGAAGAGGAGGAAGAAAGAAGUGGAAUGUGGUUUACAUUGUGAAUGAUUCGUUUAAUUAAAAGAUAAAAUAUUUAUCCAUAUUUUUAUCAUUGAGUA